UCCCUUUGAGAAGAUAAUCAGAGAUACUGAACCAAUUUUGACACCAAAAUCUUAAAACAAUAAAACCCCAGAAAGGCGAAACCCUCUCAUAUCCUUGCAUCCCCUUCACGAACUCAACCUAGUAAAAAUGGCGUCCAUGGCGAAACCAAUCCUUUCUUCUAUUUUCAUUCCUCCACAAGCAUCCUUUCAUUUCAAGACAACUCAAAAGGCACCAGCUCUCCAUCUUCCCAUGAAGAGAAGCUUUUCUGUACUACGAGCCAGUUACGAGGUCGGAGGAGGCUACACGCAAGAAGAACUGGAUGCAAGAGAGAAAGGCAGGAACAAACACCAACACCAAGCAUCAACGGACGAAACAAGUACUUGGAGUCCUGCUCAGUAUGAAGCUCUCCUUAAAGGAGGUGAACAAGUUACGUCUGUUCUUGAAGAGAUGGCUAACCUUUUGGAAGAUGACCAAAUGGAUGAAGAAUCGGAGGAGUUAGCAGUGUUGUUGGCUGCACAAGGCGUGAUUGGAAAACGAGUUGAUCAGAUGGAAUCAGGCUUCAUGAUGGCAUUAGAUUAUAUGAUCAAUCUUGCAGAAAAGGACCAAGACGAUAAGCGCAAGUCUCUGUUGGAGGUAAUCAAGGAAACAGUAUUAUCCCAUCUUACCAAAAAAUGCCCCCCACAUGUUCAAGUUGUUGGGUUGCUAUGCAGAACCCCUCGGAAAGAAAGCAGACAUGAAUUACUGAGGCGAGUUGCAGCAGGUGGUGGUGCAUUUGAAAAUGAAAAUGGUGCAAAAGUUCAUCUUCCAGGAGCAAAUCUAAAUGACAUUGCUAACCAGGCUGAUGACUUGUUGGAGACUAUGGAAAGUCGGCCUGUUGUUCCUGAUAGAAAACUGCUAGCAAGACUGGUUUUGAUUAGAGAAGAAGCUCGGUGUAUGAUGGGAGGUGGAUUAUUAGAUGAAAGAAAUAACCGUGGUUUAACUACAUUACCUCGAUCAGAGGUCAACUUCUUGACCAAACUUGUUGCUCAAAAACCUGGGAAAACAGUGCGUGAAAUGAUUAAGGAUGUAAUGUUAGGCAAAGCGGAAGGUGCCGACAAUAGCGAUGAGGAAGAAAGUACAAGGGGCAGAAAGGCUGGUGCUUCGGGGUCUAAACCAAAUCCAGUGCGACCUGGCAUGUUUCUAGAAACAGUUUCCAAGGUGCUAGGUGGCAUAUAUGAUGGGAAUAUCUCUGGCAUUACUGCACAACAUCUUGAAUGGGUUCAUCAAAAUACACUUCAAGUUCUUCAAGAAAUAGCAUUUUGAGUUAUGAAAUUGCACAUACAAGAAAUACUUAUGAUUUUUGUUAGGAUGUAAAGCUCACUGGGGCCCGCGGGUAACAGAUGAAGCAGAUGGUAAAGAUCAAACGAAGGGCACAACAUGCUAUGCAAGUAAUCAUAUGUUAAUAGUGUUGAUUAAUUGCAAGUUACAAGUUAAAGAUUUUGAUGAUAUAUAGACUUCGAUUUUGUUUUUAUUGAGUGCUUGCUGUGUGUGAUGGUUUUUUUAAUUAAUUUGUAAAAUUUUAAUGUA